GUGUUGUAAUUGGUGUUGGUACUGUGGCAUUAUAUUUUACGACAUUUAUCACAGACAGUAUUAAGCAGAAACAAUUGAAUAUAUUUGAAGAACAAGUUUCAAGAGAAGUACGCAGUCAUAAUAAUAAUCCAAACAAUACAAUAACAUUUGUCGUGCAUGGUGCGCAUACAGUAAGCGGUGAAAUACGCCGAGGAGUUCAAUUAGUACUUCCUUAUUAUUUUACAGGAGCUCUGUUACUAAUCAUUUUUGUUGUUACAAGUUUAAUUUUGGCAGCAUUAUGCUAUUCAUAUCCAAUGAAACGCUUACAACUAAUUUUGCCGUUAGCAGCGAUCAUUUCACCGAUCCUAGCAGCAAUAUCAGCCAUUGAUCUAAUACUUUUGACUGGUUAUCAUAUCAAUAUGUUAAUUCUCGUAUCACCUUUUUUAACAUUAGCCACAGGUAUAGGUGUUGAUGAUGCAUUCUUAUUAACAAAUACAUGGCUGAAAUCAGUAGCAAUUCCACAUGCCUUAACAACUGCUGAAAGAUUACAGUUCGUGCUAGAAAAGGUUGGAAUAGGUAUAACAAUUACUUCACUAACAAAUUCUCUUGGAUUUACUUUGGGUUGCAUUGCGCCAGCACCUGAAAUACAACUUUUUUGCGCUACAGUAUCACUUUCCAUGUUACUUGAUUUACUGUUUCAA